CCCUCUCUACUUUCCCCCUGUCUAACAAAGUCAAAAAACACAAACAAAAACACCCUCUGCACUCUGUACAGGCCAGUGGCAGGGCAGUAAGCCAACAGCAGAUUUCUGUUGCUUAGUAACAGUUAAACAAGACUGAGCUUGCUUCGCGCAGUUGAAAGAAGUCCAUAAAGAGACGCACAGGCCAGUCAACUGCUUCCUCUAGGUAUUUUUCUUUUCCGUUAAAAACUACAGAAUGUAGACCUCUGGUUAUAGUCGUAGUGCUCUCAGAGGGCCUAACAACUGGGCUGGUUUAGCGAAGAAGAGCGAUUUUGAGGAAGGAACCUCUGAUGCUGGGCAGUACUUCUGUGCUGGCAGUGGUGCUCCAACCAUUACUUGCUUGCACUCAUCUAUGUGAGAGAAUUCCCCUAAGAGCUGUGCCAUGGCCGUGGGGAAGAAAAAGGGGGCGAAGGUGCGGAUCACGCUGAAGAUCGCCAAAAAGUCGGUGAGCUUGACCGCGGACGGGAUGCGGCGGCUGGACCUCAGCAAGCGGGGCAUCGACACCUUCCCCAAGUGCCUGCUCAAGAUGGCCGACGUGGACGAGCUGGACCUCAGCCGCAACCUGCUGCAGAAGCUGCCGGAGAGCAUCGAGCACUUCGCCAACCUGCGCUGCCUGGACCUGCACAGCAACCGGCUGGAGCGCCUCCCGGAGGCCAUCGGGAGGCUGCAGAACCUGCGCCACCUCAACCUGUGCGACAACCGGCUGGGGCCGGCCGUCCCCGCCGAGCUGGGCGCCCUGCGGGCCCUGCGCUCGCUCAACCUGGGCAUGAACCGCAUCGAGACGCUCCCGCGCGCGCCCUUCUUCCAGGGCCUCGCCGAGCUGCGCAAGCUGGGCCUCUUCGACAACCUGCUGGCCGAGCCGCCCGAGGCGGCCCGGAGCCUCCCGCGCGUCCGCAGGCUGAACGCCGAGCGCAACCCCUUCUCCCUCGUCGCCCCCGGCGACGGAGGAGACCGCGCCCGCGACGAGCUGCCGCGCCUGUACCUGCGGGGCGAGGGCGACCUGUGCGGCGCCUGCCAGCGGAGGAGCCGGGAGAGGUGGGGCGGGCGGAACCCCGGGGGGGGCAGCGGCCCCCCGAACGGGAGACCCCGCUUCUCGGGGCUCAGCACCCCGAACUCGGUCGCCCGGGAGACCCAGGGGCGUUGGCGGGUGAGGAACUCCGGCGCUACAGAGACCCCCGAGGCGACAUGAUGAAACGCGGAGAAACCCGCCAUCGCGGAGACCAACCGCCCCCCCCCCUCAGAAGCUUUAUCUGGAAACGUGGCUUUCACAGAAUACAACAUGGCCGCCAGUGAGACUGUUGCUUGUUUGUUUACUUCUGUAUUUCAGAAAUGUAGGUGAGGAUAGGGCCGAGUAAUAAAUCAUAAUGAUAUUAUUUCACCACUGUAAUAUUCCUGACAGUCAUGGGUCAAAUCAAGUUUCUUUCUGUAUUUGUUUUUUCUGUAAUAAUACCUGAUGCAGCAGCGGACCACUGAAAUUGAGAGGCCACAUGAAAUGCUUCCUGUCUGUUGGGUUUUGAUAUGACAGCCAUUCAGAAGCAGGGCAUUGCAGCUUCUGUGUGAUCAUGUGACGUGUUUUUAAUCGAUCGCAUGGAAGCUGCAUGGUCAUGCUUCUGAAUGAAAAUGCCUAACCACCCAAACAUAACAC